CCUGCAUUAACGAGGGGAACUGCCUGUUAAUGAAGAGAAGUGUGAAGCCCCUUAAUUUGGGAUCAGUAUAGAAAAAGAAUAACACAACUAUUGGGAUUUAAAUGAGCAUGAAUUAAUCGGAAAGUGAAAUGUCAUGCUGGGAACAUCAAGCGCAGGCUUUUAAAAGCAAGAAAAACAAUGUGAUGCACACCAAGAAGACAUGUCAAUCAAAUCAAAAGAAAAAGCUGAUUUCUGUUCACUCAUUAGGACCUCUAUGAAAAAGUUUGACUUACAAACUAAUGAGCGUCUUUUUAAAGUUCAAUAAAAUUCACUGAGUUUCCUCAGUCUAAUUGGUAAAGUGGUAACAAUAAUUGUCAAACAAGGGGAAUAAAUGAAUUUAAAGCGGUGUCUAUUCCUGGAAGUUUCUCUUGAUUUUUCUAUUGCUGUGGAUAUUGUAUUGGUGCAGCAGAUAUAUGCUCACCAGCCCCUUCAUUAGGUACAUCUUGCUAGUACCAGGUUAGACCCUCUUUUAGCCUUCAGAACCUUCUUUGUGUCAUAGAUUCAUCAUGGUGCUGGAAACAUUCCUCAGAGAUUUUUGUUUAUGUUGACAUGAUAGCAUCAGAUUGCUGCAGAUUGGUUGGCUGCCCAUCUGUGAUGUGAAUAGAACUGCAUCCCAAAGGUGGCCUAUUGGACUAAGAUCUGGUGACCGUGGAGAGCUUUUUAAGACAGUGACCUCCCUGUCAUGUUCAACAAACCAGGUUGAGAUGAUUCGAGCUUUAUUACUUGGUGCAUUAUCCUGCUGGAAGCAGCCAUCAGAGGAUGGCGGCCAGAAAUAGAUGCCACAGAAAUAAUACUUAGGUUCGAUUGGUACUAAAGGGCUCAGACUUCCUGAAAUCAAAACCACUGAAGGAGCUGAAAUUGAAAUGGUCACAAAAGUAUUUAGGCAUCAUUAUAGGUCAGAAUUAAUCAUUUAAAGGUCACAUUGAAAAGUGUUGCUUCUCACUCCACUUGAGGAAACACUUGAUUUAUGCAACUUUUUUGUUUCUUCAUUGGAUUACGGUGAUCUUCUCUUUAUGAAUUUAUGUGGCCAGUACCUAAAGAGGUUGGAUACCAUCUACCAUUGUGCUGUAUGUUUUAUUGCUGCCCAUGGAAAUCAGGCACAUCAAAGUUGUCUGUAUACUGGUGGUAAGUAGGUAUCUCUAUACGUCUCGAGACUUCCUCAUUAGUUGAUUUUUGUGUAUAACUUUUUGCUUGGGCUAAUGCCUUCUUAUUACAGUACAGUAUAUGUUCUCACAAUAUUUUUACAAAUGUUUGCCCCCAGAGUCAGAGCAGAACCAAGAAAAAGUUUGGAACAAUCUUCACAAGAACAUGAAAUUUCCGGAACUGGUUACAAUGGGGGAGUCCAAAGUCCAUUUAAAAGGAGUGAGAAAGUAGCUCUUUUGGUCAGUAGAAGGUCACCACCGCUAUACAUCCAGACACGACCAUGUCACUGCUGUGCGCAGUCGAGGAAGCUGUCAGGUCAUGCAAAGUGGAACAAGCUAAGGUUAAUCACCGCAUUCAACUCUACAGAGAAUUAUUAAAGAGCCUAACACCCCAACCCGAGGUGAGCUUUGAGGAAACAGAAUUGGCAGGUGCUGCUCCUACAGGUGUCUCCCCUUGUGAUAAGGAAGACAUAGAACUGCUUGAGAAGGCUCUAGAGAAAGCCCUCCGUGUGCGCACCGGCUCAGAACCUUCUAAAAAAGACUCAAAACUACCCAAACCUGGAAAGGAAACAGGGACUUUAGGUGCUAGGCCUGUUGAUGUCACACAUUCAUCUGCAGCAUCUAGAGGAAGCCAAAGAACGAUAAGGUCAUCCACUAAAUCUGCCAGCCUUGACAGAAAAGGGUACAGACGGCCUGGAUUAUCAGUAUGCUCCUCACUAGCCUCGGGACCUUUAGCUAGCGCCGACCCCGGACAGACCAAAACAACAGAUAAUAGAAACACGAUCCAAAACCAUCCUGCCUCAUCAGCUGGCGCUUUGCAUCACCAGGCUUCUAGGAAACUGCAGCAGGCUGUCGUGCCGUCUGUCUCUCCUGAUCACAUCACAAGCUUGCUCUCUAAAAACAAGACUAUCAGAAGCAAUAUGUCGAGUGGCAAUGACCUGAGGAAAGCUGUGCCUGUCUCUGCAAAUUCUUCAAAUAACGUAGUGUCCUCUUCACAAACAAAUGAGCCAGGAGCAUGCAGUUUGCCUCAACAGAAUGGCAGGAUACCUUCUGAGCAAACAACAAAAUGGAAAUCGUUAAAGAGCAAACAGAGCAGACUGUGGGAUAAAGCCGUUGCCCUACAGAGGAACCCUGGGCCUGGGAGGAGUCACUUCAUGGAGAGAAUGAGAGCUACGUUUCCCAGGAAUUGGCCAUUUGGCAGCCCGUAUGAGACCAGGGCUCUGCUGGACAGGCUGAUUCACCAAGGUCAAGACCUCACACAGCUCUGCGGGGAGCCUCUAACCAAACAGAUGCCAGAGAUAACAUCAAGACUGGUUAGUACAGGCGACAAGUAUGAUUCCUGUAUGUCGCUGGAAAGGUUGCAGCUCACAGCAGCUGAGCUCCAGAAUUUUGCAGAUCAAGUGAAACAAGAGUGGAAAGCAUGGGAUCGAUGGAGGCCAGAGGGAGGUUGUUUUUGCCCCACUGGGGCAAAUGGUGUGCAGGGAGAUGGGAUAACUUCACCCCUGCCCCUGACUAUAACAUAUGCAACAGAGGCAGAGCUGCAAGAGCUCGAGCAGCUGCGGAUGAGGGUGGCAUUGCUGCAACAAGAGGUUGAUCUUGAACAGGCUCUGUUGGACACCCUGUCCCCUCAGUUGUCGGCUAUCGUACCUGGGCCUGAAUGUCUGAGCCCCAGUGUACUCAGAGACAUCUACUCCCUGCUGGGUGAAGGAGGGGAACGUUUCCCAGCUAUAGUCCUGGAUUCUGAGCCUGCCUGACUAGUGAGCACAUUAAACUGACUUAGAGGUUUGUAAGCUUAGAAACAGGUAUGAAUAAAUUAAAGGCCUCAUGGUAUGCCGCAAUCCGGUGCGACACUGAUGAAAUCAAACCCCUCUGACAUGGCAAAACAAGGAGAUGGUUAAAAAAAAAAGAAAAGGGAACUGAAUUGAGUGAACAGCCUCAGAGGGCAGCUGUGGUUCAGGAGUUUCAGCUGGAGGAGUUCAGUGAUUACGAUGCUCUGUGUUAAACCUCAUGACCCUAAAGAUAUCAUGGAAAUGUUAAUGGAUGGAUAAACAGGUGUACCUAAUAAAAUGGUAACUGAAACAUCAUGAAUGAUUUUGAAGAAUCUGUUUUUAAUAGUGGCAUCUCUGUGUUAUAUCAGUGUCUCAUGUCAUGUCACAACUGUAUAAAACUGUGAUCAUUAAUCCUGUCUAUUAAAUGCAGCUACUGAAUAAAUGCCUCAGGCACACUUUUUAAAUAUCACCACUGAUCAGUAUAAUGUAAUAAAAGAGACAUAAUAUUACAGUGACUUUAAGUGUGUGUAUUUGUGAUGUAAUCUGUAGCUUAAAUUAUAUGUUUGAGUUUUUCCUUUUUGCUAAAUUCUGACACAUCAUAACUGAUGAUGUAUCAGAAGUGUAAUAUUCACUCAGUGAAUUUUGCCACCAGGUGGCACUCAAUUCACAGAAUAAAAGAGUCCAAAUUA